AUGGGCUGGCUCCCUGGAAAACCAAAGCCAUGCCCCUGUGCCUUGGAUCACACUUCUCGCCGCCACCUCAUCGAGUGUCAUCUUGUGCCUUCCCACUUGUGGUUGUCUCUCCCCUCUGUGCCAUCUGUCUUUCGAGGUAAUCGUAUUGAUUACGCUCUUUGUCAGCUCCCUCUUUCUUCUUCUGCCGCUUGUCCUGAGUUUUGGGUGGAUCUCUGCUCAAUUCUAUGGCACUUUGACAAGUUGUGUAAUCCCGAAGGGGAUUACUCUACUGAUCCUGACCCUGGUCGACUUUGGUCUGACAAGUCUUCUCCUCCCCUCUGUCUCCUCCCCAAUGAUGAACUGUUGAUGAAUUGCACCCUCUGGCUUCGACCCUCCACUGCCACAACCUUUUAG